AUGGCAAAGGACAAGACGCUGAAAGCAGCACUGGAGAGAUACAAAGGCGUCGACCACAAGAAGGAGCGGCAGAAGAAACAGCAGAAAGCGGCCGAGAAGCGGAAAAGAGCAAAAGAGCCUCCGAAAGAGGAUGAAGGUGAGGAUGAGGAAGGCCUGGAGGUCGAGACGUUCAGCGACGAUGGUGCCGUAGACGACCAAUUGCGCACAGAGAUUUCAGCGGAGCUCGCAAAGGAGGGGUUAACGGCGGAUGCAGCGCAAGCAUUAGAGGAGGAUGCUGGGGAGGGCGCGGGCUGGGAGACGGACGAGAGUGAGGAUGCGGAGGACGGGGUGGGAGUGGAUGCGAACAUGAUGGAGGAUGAGUCUGCGUCGGAUGAAGAGGAGGAGCCGUUCCAGAAUGGUGGUGCGGAAGUGGACGAUCAGGAUGAAGAGGAUGAAGAGGAGAUACCGCUGUCGGACAUUGAGUCGCUUGCGGAAGAGGACAAAGGGGAUGUGAUACCGCAUCAACGGCUUACGAUCAACAAUACGGCUGCUCUACUACGGUCACUGAAGUCUUUUGCGUUACCUUCGAGCUUGCCUUUCUCAGCAGCACAGACUGUGAUCUCAGCAGAACCAGUGGAGAUACCGGACGUCGAAGACGACCUUAAUCGUGAGCUGGCGUUCUACAAGCAAUCUCUGGACGCUGUCAAAGAUGCACGAACACGGCUCAAGAAGGAAGGCGCGCCCUUCUCACGGCCAGCGGACUACUUCGCGGAGAUGGUCAAGUCGGAGGAGCAAAUGGGCAAGGUGCGGCAGAAGAUGGUCGAUGAGGCGGCGAGGAAGAAGGCCAGCUCAGAUGCGAGACGGCAGAGGGAUCUGAAGAAGUUUGGCAAGGCGGUGCAGGUGGCGAAGCUGCAGGAGAGGGAUAAGACGAAGCGAGAGACGUUGGAUAAGAUUAAUGUGCUCAAGAGGAAACGACAAGGUGCAGACCUCACUGCAAAAGAAGACGACAUGUUCGACGUCGCGCUUGAAGACGCCGCCACGACCGAUAAGGCAGAUCGCGCAGCGAGACGAGCGAGCGGUGGAGCCGGCGGGCCUGGAAACCGCAAGCGCCAGAAGAAGGACGAGAAGUUCGGCUUUGGUGGCAAGAAGAGGUUCGCGAAGAGCAAUGAUGCGAAGUCUGCGGGUGACACGAAGGGGUAUUCGGUGAAGAAGAUGAAGGGUAAGGUCGGGAAGACGCAGAGGCCAGGGAAGAGCAAGAGGGCGAAGAUGUCGUGA